AUACGAUUUCGAUCGAGAUGUCUUGAGAAAAAUCCUUUGAACGAAUUUUUAAAGAUGGUGGUAGUUUUGUAAAGUGAAAAGUUGAGAGGGUUUGAACAAUUUUCCAUUUUUCUCCUCAGCAUCACCCGUUCACCUUCUUAACGGAAUCAAGCAGCUCCGGUGAACCACUCGGCGCCAGGGACGCCCAAACCUACGAGCAGUGCCCUCAACGAUCGGCGAUGUGUUUCUGAUGGGUGACAUUCAGUUAUUGGUGUUCCAGCAGCUUCUUUUGGCGUUUUGGUUCUUUACGUUGAGUUUGGGUGCUAACCCACUCAAAACCGACUUAGUUUUGCAUUACCCACUCCCUAACGACUUCUAUUCAUCAGUUUUAAGCGAUUCAAACACCAACCAGCAAGCAUUCAGAUCUUCUGGGUUUGGCAUAGGAAGAUUAAUAUCAGACGCAAAUGGAGUGUUACACAAAACUUGCAUUAUACACACGUCUCUCCAAAACAAGGUUCAUCCUCAGGGUCUUCCAUGGCCUCCCGCAUCAGGUUCAUCAUAGUCCAACUCAGGAACAAGUCCUCUAUGGAAAGUUCAAUCUUGGUUACGACCCCUUUGCUCAGCUUUCUUACAUGGAACUCUCCCAAAAAUUCUUUGAGGCCAUGAAAGCUUGUACAUUUCUUGGAUCAACAUCUGUUGCAUCAAAGCUUCAUGCCCAACUCAUCUCCACUGGUUUGUGCUCCUCUGUUUUCCUCCAAAACCAUCUCUUACACAUGUACUCAAAAUGUGGAUUAAUAAAUGAGGCUCUUCGGAUUUUCUUUAACAGCGAGCAACGCAAUGUCAUUACUUGGAAUACAAUUCUUAAUGGGUUGUUGGAUUGUGGUCGAGUAAGGGAAGCAGAGAAGAUGUUUGAUGAAAUGCCCCUUAGAGAUCCUGUUUCUUGGACUGCAAUGAUGUCGGGCUAUUUCCGCAAUGGUCAGCCAGUGGAUACUCUUAAACUUUUUGUUUCAAUGUUUUGGGAUUCAGAUCAUGUUCCUGACUUGUUUUGUUUCUCUUGUGCAAUGAAGGCUUGUAGUAGUGUUGGUUAUGUAAGGAUAGCUCUUCAGUUGCACGGUCUCUCAGAGAAAUAUGGCUUUGGAAACAACAAAGCCAUCCAAAAUUCUAUUAUUGAUAUGUAUAUAAAGUGUGGUGCUAUUUAUGCUGCUGAGCAAGUCUUUCUAAGGAUUGAAAAGCCAAGCUUAUUUAGUUGGAAUAGUAUGAUCUAUGGUUACUCUAAAUUGCACGAGAUGGGACGGGCAUUUGACACUUUCAUACAAAUGCCUGAACGUGAUUCCGUCUCUUGGAACACAAUCAUUUCAUCAUUUUCUCAACAUGGUCUGCACACACAGAGCCUUGGUACGUUUGUUGAGAUGUGGAUUCAGGAUUGCCAACCAAAUCCAAUGACAUAUGCAAGUGUUCUUAGUGCAUGUGCUAAUAUCUGUGAUUUUCAAUGGGGUAAACAUUUGCAUGCCCGAAUUGUCCGCAUCGAACCCUUUUUGGAUGUUUUGGUGGGCAAUGGAUUGGUUGAUAUGUAUGCAAAAUGUGGACUCAUUGAAGCUUCAAAACGGGUAUUUAACUCAUUAACAGAACGCAAUGUAGUAACCUGGACUUCACUAAUUAGUGGAAUUGCACAGUUUGGUAGUCAAGAAGAAGUUUAUGAUAUUUUUUAUCAAAUGAGAGAAGAUUGUGUUACUAUGGAUGACUUUAUUCUUGCAACCAUUCUUGGUGUAUGUGAAGGAGAAAAAAAUAUUUCAAUUGGGGAGCAGUUACAUGGAUUUACAGUGAAGACUGGGAUGAAUUCAUCUGUACCUGUAGGCAAUGCUACUUUGACAAUGUAUGCAAAAUGUGGAGAUGUUGAGAAGGCAAGUCUUGCUUUUGAAACAAUGGCUGCUCAAGAUGUUAUCUCAUGGACAACAAUGAUCACUUCGUUCACCCACAGUGGCAAUGUAGAAAGAGCACGGGAUUAUUUUGACCGAAUGCCAGAGCGUAAUGUCAUAAGUUGGAAUGCAAUGUUAGGUGCAUAUUUCCAAAACGGUUUUUGGGAAGAAGGUUUAAAAUUGUACAUUCUUAUGCUAAGACAGGAAGUUAGGCCAGAUUGGAUCACCUUUGUUACGACGAUCAGUGCUUGUUCUGAGUUAGCAAUUUCAAAACUUGGGACACAAAUUGUAUCUCAAGCGGUAAAAGUAGGGCUUGGUUCUGAUGUUUCAGUUGCUAACAGUGUAAUUACCUUAUAUUCCAGAUGUGGUAGAAUUGAAGAAGCGCAGAAAAUUUUUGACUCAAUACAAGAGAAAAACUUGAUUUCUUGGAACUCAAUAAUGGGAGGAUAUGCUCAAAAUGGUGAAGGCAGGAAGGUGAUUGAAGUUUUUCAGAACAUGUUGAUGGUUGGUUGCAGACCUGAUCAUAUCACCUAUGUUGCAAUUCUCUCAGGUUGCAGCCAUUCAGGCCUUGUAAAAGAAGCAAAACAUUACUUUAACUCCAUGACUAAAGAUUUUGGCAUCUCUGCAACUCUAGAGCACUUUGUGUGUAUGGUAGAUCUGUUCGGUCGAGCUGGGUUACUAAAGCCGGCCUUGGAUCUGAUUGAUCAAAUGCCAUUUAAGCCAAAUGCCACCAUAUGGGGCGCUCUACUCAGUGCUUGUAGGAUCCACCGUGACACUGAAAUGGCAGAGCUGGCAAUGAAGAACUUGCUAGAAUUGAACACUGAAAACUUUGAAAGUUACAUUCUGCUAGCAAAUGUCUACUCUAGUUCUGGGAGACUGGAAUGUGUUUCUGAUGUGAGACAGGUGAUGAGAGAGAAGGGAGUACAGAAAGAUCCUGGCUGCAGCUGGAUAGAGGUGAGCAACAGGGUCCAUGUCUUUACUGUCAAUGACACAAGCCAUCCACAAAUCAAGGAUAUUUAUAAGGCAUUGGAAGACAUUAUUAAGAAGAUCAAAGAUGAUUAUGGUUAUGUUGAUGGGUCGAGUUCUGUUGGGUAUCAUAGUGAGAAGCUUGCUAUUGCUUUUGGUUUGAUUAGCUUGCCUGAUUGGAUGCCAAUCUAUGUGAUGAAAAACCUUCGAGUUUGCAACGAUUGUCACCAGGUGAUGAAAUUGAUUUCUCUUGUUGCCAUGAGGAAACUUGUUAUGCGGGAUGGGCACCGAUUUCAUCACUUGCAGAAUGGAAGUUGCUCUUGUGGAGAUUACUGGUAGUUAUGAAAGUUGAAUUCUGAUUCUCUGAUUUAUGAAAGGAAAGGAUGCUUGGAAGAGAGAUUGGAAAGAGAUUUUGGAUAGGGUUUGAAAGAGACCGACUUGUUGGAACUGGAAGAGAAACUUCUCUAAAAGUGGUAGAUUAUGUACUAAGUGGUAUGCCCAUUUACUGUUCCUCCCUCUUUAUAGCUGCCUGUUCAGUUUGUAAAAGCAUUGAGAACUUUAUGAGAGAUUUCUUAUGGGAAGGGGUCGAUGAAGGCGAAGGCGCACACCUUGUGAGUGGUGAUUGGGAAGCCUAUGAACUUGGAAGGGCUUGAGAUUGGGAAUUUGCAAACUCAAAGCAAAGCCUGGUGAAAUAGCUUUGGCAUUUCCCCCUUGAGUCUAGCACCCUGUGGUGGAGGAUUAUUGCGAUUAAGUAUGAGUCUCACCUCUUUGAUCGGUUGUCAGGCAAGUUUAAAGGUGCACACAAAUUUUUGGAAGGAUAUUUCUUCCAAGCUCCCAUCUUUUCUUGAUCUUGUCCAGUUGUCCGUGGAGUUGUGGGGGAGGGAAAGGAAAUGUACUUUUUGGAGGAUUAGAUAAACCCCUUCGCACUGCAUUUCCUCAUCUUUGCCACUUUUCAUCUUUAGAAAAUCAUUUUGCAGCUGAUAUCUUAGAUUGGUCUAGGACUGGAUUCUAUUGUCCUUUGUUCAAUAGGGGAACGAAAAAUGUUACGACUCUCCAGUUUUUGGUAGGGGAAGUUUAUUUUAGGAAUGGGAGGAGGAUAUGCUAUAUGGAGUCCUAACCCUUCGGUGGGGCUUCUUUUGCAAUUCCUUUUGUUGCUUAAUGGACCUUUCUCCCAUCAGAGACUGCUGUCCUCUGAUCAAGAUUCCAAAACAAAGGUUAAGUUCUUUUUCGGGCAAGUUAUCCAUGGUCAUGCUACUCAGGAUUGGCUAUUGAGAAAGUGGGGUUUGUUGAUUGGUCCAUUUGAUUGUAUUCUUUGUCGGAAUGCCGAGGAGGACCUUAAUUAUUUCCUUUAGAGAUGUGACUUCACUCAUUUUGUGUUGAAUUAUUUUUCUGAGACGUUUGUCUUUCAGCUGACCUGCUGACUUGAUUGAGAUGAUCGAGGAGUUCUUUUCCAUCCAUCUUUUAAGGAGAAGGAUUGUUUCCUGUGUUUUCCGGGAUGUGUGUUAUUGUGAGAUCUUUGGAGAGAGGAACAAUAAUGUUUGGAGGCUUGGAAAGAGACCUGUGUGAUGCGCAGUCCUUGUUAGAUUUCAUGUUUUUCUUUGGUUUCGGUGUGAAGGUUUUUUUUUGUAACUUUUUGAUAGGUGUUAUUUUAUAGGAUGCAGGCCCUUUCUUUGGUGGCUCUCAUUUUUUGUGGGCUGGUAUUCUUUCAUUUUAUUUUCAACGAGAGAUUGUUUUGUAUAGAAAAAGAAAAAGAAAAAGAAAAAGAAAAAGAAAAAGGAAAAAGAUGUUUAGCACAUUAUUGAAAUCAUCUACACUAGAGAUUGCGCAAGGGAAGUGUCUGGAUCCCUUGAGGAGGUAGAUGAAGGAAGUGGGUGUGCAUCCAGUGGUUCGGUUCAACUUGCUGGCCUUACCAUGUCUCGAGUUUUGAUGCAUCUCUAAAAGAAUUGAUUAAAGAUGCGGGUAGAUUAGAGAUUCGCAGGUCUCUGAUUUUCAUUUGUGUUUAAUGUUGUAGGAGAAAAGAAACAGGAGCUUGGUAGAGAGUAAAAGGUCACUGUCAUAAUCACUACUCUAGAAAUACUAGCAUCUAAUAACAGCAAUUUUAGGAAACGCUGUUGAAAUAAUGGUGCUUACCAAUAUGCUGCCCCUGAUUUAAUUUGACAAAAAUGUUCUUUUGCUGCCUCGUGUUUCUCCUUCCUCGCAUUUUAUUUUUCUUUCCAAUUUCAAAAGCACGCCUGUUAUGAAUACAGAUAUUAAUCUGAGUUCUAGUGCAGCUUUGUUUUGACAAUCUUUCUAGCCUCUACCUUUAUCAGUAUCUGGGUUUAUUUCUUGUGAUAAUUGAACAAAGUUAAGAACCUUGAAAGGAAA